AUGGCGGCAGACACGCAGGUUUCGGACACCCUGAAGAAGUUUGCGUUGAAGGUGACCACCUCCAGCGUGAAGGAGCGUAAGGAUGUCCUCGCAGAGCUCAGGACCUGCAUCAACGGCAAAGAGCUUCCGGAUGCGGCCAUCAAAGGCCUGUGCAAGCUCUUCUGCCUCACGCUGCACAGAUACAGAGAUGCGGCGUCCCGGCGAGCGGUGCUGUGUGUCAUCGAGGCGUUGGCCCAGUCGCAGCCGGACGCCGUGGCAACCACCCUGCCACCCUGCCUACUGAACAGCGGCCUGCUCAGCAAGACCGGACCACCGGGGAAGUGCACGGCCUCCUCUGCUACCAUGGCGAUCGCCUGGACCUGCCUGCUGGUCAGAGCCGUCUUCCCCACGCCCGACAAGAGGGAGGGGCCACAGUGGAAGAAACUGGUGGAGGUUCAGGCUCUGCUAUUGGCCGAGGUGAUGGGCGGGGCCUCUGGCAACGCAUCGAAGGCUGUACUGAAGUACCUCAACAAGCUCUGGAGAGAGCAUCCUGGUUUGGUGGAUGAGUGUAUGACUACAGUGUUGGCUGCUGAGGCCUCCUCCACCUCUCUGGCUCUGCUGGGGGUGUGUGCCGACUUCUGCACCGCGCAAAAGGACCUCGCCACCGUCCACAAGCACAAGGGGGCGAUGUUGGAGCUGUAUGUCAAGACGGUUCUCAUGAGUAAGACUGUUCCACACCAACACAUCCUGGAGAGGAGUGGUUCUGUGCUGCGUCACGUGACCCAUGAGGAGUUUAAGGAUCAGCUGUUGCCAACACUGCAGAAAGCCAUGCUGAGGAGCCCAGAGAACUGCAUGCAGACUAUCUCCUUCCUGCUGGCCUCGCUCACCCUGGACCUCAGUCAGUACGCUAUGGACAUCGGGAAAGGCAUCGCCAGCCAGCUGAAGGCUAACAACCCUGUGCUGAUGGAGCAGGCGGUUCAGGCCAUCCAGAACUUGGCCCAGCAAUGCAGCGACGCCACCGCCAUAGAGAACCUCACACAACACCUCUUCAAGAUCCUAGGAGGCUCUGAGGGGAAGUUGACUGUUAUUGCCCAGAAGAUGAGUGUCCUCUCAGGCAUUGGCAGCUGUAGUCACCAUGCAGUGUCUGGUGCCUCCAGCCAGUCUCUAAACUCCUCAGUGACAAUGCUCUUCGUACCAUACCUGCAGCAAGAAGUCCACGAGGGCACUCUGGUGCAUGCGGUGUGUGUGUUGUCUCAGUGGACGUCUCGUCUGACGGUGGAGGUUCCGUCUGGCCUGAAGGAGUGGCUGAAGAAAGCCUUCACACUCAAGACCUCCACAUCCCCCGUACGCCACGCCUACCUACAGGCUAUGCUGACCGCUUACAGAGGUGAUACGCUGGGCCAGGCGGAGGACUUUGCUGCGCUGCUCGGCCAGACGGUUGAGAAAGCGGCGGCUCAGAGCUCCCAGUAUGCACUGCUCUCAGAGGGGGCGGCCGCAGCCGUCAUGCUGUGUAGACUCUCACAACUAGAUACACUGGGGGAGUCCAAGCUCGCCAACUUCUGGAAGCUUCUACUGGAUGAGAAGAAGCCGCUCUUCACCACCGAGAAGUUCCUCUCUCAAGCCAGCGAUGAAGCCCUGAGUACGGUGCUUCAGCUGUGUGAGAGGCUCUUCCUGGAUCAGCCACACCGACUCAACAGCACCAAGUCCCAGAUGUUCUACUCGGCGCUGGUGUGGUGUCUGCUGUGUCGGAGCUGGCCAAUCAGAAAGCGCGCCCAGCAGAGCGUCAAGAAGCUGCUCUCCUCACUGGGCGGAGCCACGCUGGCACACGGCAUCAUGGGAGAACUGUGUGCUGCCAUCAGCAAACACAAGGUGCUGCCCCCGGAGGUGUUGCAGUCUGAGGGUGGGGAGCUGAGUGAGGUGGGCCGAGCGUACGUUCCCCCCCGCAACCUGCUGGGGGCGCUAGGGAGCGUGUGUGCCGUGGCCGGCCAAUGGGACGACCCCUCUCACACACACACGCACAAACUGGCCAUGGACACACUCGUGCUCUCACACCACCCCUCCAUCAUGACGUUGGGUAAGGAGGUGUGGCCUGUUCUCCUGAGCAGCAUGCACCUGAACACUGAGGACUUCAUACACACACACCUGGACGACAUCAUGGACACACUCCUCAAGGCCAGCACAGACACAGAGGCGGUGCGGAAUGCUGUGGGUGCUUUGUCGGCCCUCUCUCCCUCUAAGCUCCUCCCCCGCGUCAUGGAUCAUGUGACCCAGCAGCUGGCCAAUCCGGCACUGUCUCAGGUGACGCGCCACGAGUACGCCAUCAUGAACACACCCGACGGGGAACUCUACGACAAGAGCAUCAUACAGAGUGGUGUCCAGCAGGAGAGUGUGAAGAAGGGCAACAUGAAGAGGGAGAAUAAGGCCUACUCCUUUAAAGAACAGAUCAUCGAACUGGAACUGCAGGAGGAGUUGAAGAAGAAGAAGGGCAUUAAGGAGGAGGUGCAGCUGACCUCCAAACAGAAGGAGCUGAUGAACACCCAGCUGGAGAAGGAGGCGGCCAUACGCAAGAAGCUGCUGGGGUUGGAUGCUGAGCUGGAGUCCAGUGUUGGUCUGCUGGAGUCGGUGCUGAUGCAGCGUCCUCCUCAGUUGUCGUGGCAACUGCCCAGCAUCCUCCAGGCUGUGCUGCCCCUGCUGCACUCCCCCCUGGCCGCCCCGCGCCUCGCCAAGCUCAUGCCAACCAUCGGCUCCGCACUCAUGCCAACGCAGCUCAACAGCCUGGCUGUGCUGGUUGCCCAUGUGACUCUGCGUCUGCUGGAGCCUGAGUGUGAUCUGGACUCGGCCUGGGAGGAGGAGGACCUGACCACCGCCACACACCGCACUAUACUACUGCUCUACACACACACCGUACCACAACGAGAGGCCAAGACAGAGUCCCGUGUGCUGUCGGCUCCGGCGUUCUCCUUCUGCUUCCCGCUGCUGCAGGCCGUCCUCUCUCCCGGCCAAUCGGGAGAGGAGGGGGAGGCGGUCAUGUGCCGUGCCCUCCAGGUCAUUCAGCAGCACGCGCAGCUACGCAGCCAAUCAGACGACAGCGAUGAGCUCAUCGAUGAGAAUGGACCAGAGCUCCUGCCCAGGGUUCCGAUGCUGCGGCUUCUCACCAAAGUUAUCGGCACUGCUAUUCCACGCCUACAGGUGCUGGCUGCGGACUGCUUGACUGCGUUGUGUGUGAGUGCGGGCGGUGAGAAGGGCUGUACGCUGGCGGAGCAGGCGGAGGUGGACGUGCUGCUGCAGGGCCUACUGUCACCAUGCUUCCCUGUCAGGGACGCAGCGCUCAGGGGUCUGUGUGAGAUGAAGAUGGCGUUAGCUACUGACAGCAGCGAUCCGGGUGGUCUGAGCGUGCUCCGACGCCUCUGGGUGGCUCGCUACGACGUGGAGGAGGAAGGACGCGCCCUCGCCGACAAGCUGUGGGAGGAUCUGUGUCUGGAGUUGGUUCCGGAACUCUGUGGUCAGCUGAUUGAGGAUGUCACCCAUCACGAGGAGGCGGUCCGCAGUGCGGGGGCGGAGGCUCUGUCCAGCGCUGUCAAUCAAUAUUCUGACCAAUCAGCACCUGUCCUCGCUCAGCUCACCGAACUCUACCAGCAGAAACUAUAUAGACCUCCUCCUGUGUUGGAUGCGUUGGGCCGUGUGAUCUCUGAAGCCCCUCCUGACCAAUGGGAAGCCAGGUGUGGUAUAGCGUUGGCUCUUAAUAAGAUGGCCCAGUACCUGGAUGAGAGUCAGGUGACUCCGCUGUUCCUGUUCUUCGUUCCCGACGCGCUGAACGACAGACACCCCGAGGUGCGGAAAUGCAUGCUGGACGCAGCACUGUCUGCCCUCAACACACACGGCAAGGACAAUGUGAGUUGUCUGCUGCCGGUGUUUGAGGAGUUCCUGAAGGAGGCUCCGCAGGACGCCAGCUACGACUCGGUGCGCCAGAGCGUCGUCAUCCUCAUGGGCUCCCUCGCCAAACAUCUGGACAAGAACGACCCCAAAGUCAAACCCAUCGUCGCCAAGCUCAUCAACGCACUCUCCACACCAUCACAACAGGUCCAGGAGUCUGUAGCCAGCUGCCUGCCCCCGCUGGUGCCGGCGAUCCGCGAGGACGCGGGCGGAAUGGUGCGCAAGCUUCUAGAACUCUUGCUGGAGAGCGACAAGUACGCCGAGCGCAAGGGAGCCGCCUAUGGCCUCGCCGGAUUGGUCAAGGGGCUCGGAAUCCUGUCGCUCAAACAGCAAGACAUCAUGACCACCCUCACCGACGCCAUUCAGGACAAGAAGAACUUCAGGAGGAGAGAGGGGGCUCUGUUUGCCUUUGAGAUGCUGUGUAACAUGCUGGGGAAGCUGUUUGAGCCCUACGUGGUCCACGUGCUGCCUCACCUGCUGCUCUGCUUUGGGGACGGGAACCAGUACGUCAGAGAGGCUGCUGAUGACUGUGCCAAGGCUGUGAUGCGGAACCUGAGUGCCCACGGAGUCAAGCUGGUGCUGCCAUCUCUACUGGUGGCCCUGGAGGAGGAGUCAUGGAGGACUAAAGCAGGUUCUGUGGAGCUGCUGGGUGCGAUGGCGUUCUGUGCCCCUAAGCAGUUGUCCUCGUGCCUGCCCAGCAUCGUCCCCAAGCUGACGGAGGUGCUGACCGACUCCCAUGUGAAGGUGCAGAAGGCCGGACAGCAGGCCCUCAGGCAGAUCGGAUCCGUCAUCCGCAACCCCGAGAUCCAGGCCAUUACUCCAAUCCUAUUGGACGCCUUGACUGACCCCUCCCACAGGACGCAGCACUGUCUGCAGACGCUGCUGGAGACCAAGUUUGUCCACUUCAUCGACGCCCCGUCCCUCGCCCUCAUCAUGCCCAUCGUACAGAGAGCCUUCCAGGACAGAUCUACAGACACGCGCAAGAUGGCCGCUCAGAUCAUCGGAAACAUGUACUCCCUCACUGACCAGAAGGACCUGGCUCCAUACCUGCCUAGUGUGAUCCCUGGACUGAAGACCUCUCUACUGGACCCUGUACCAGAGGUGCGUACAGUGUCUGCCAAGGCGCUGGGUGCCAUGGUGAAGGGGAUGGGGGAGUCGUGCUUCGAGGACCUGCUGCCAUGGCUGAUGGAGACGCUGGCCUCAGAACAGAGCUCAGUCGACCGAUCAGGAGCAGCGCAGGGUCUUGCGGAGGUGAUCGCUGGUCUGGGCGUGGAGAAGCUGGAUAAGCUGAUGCCUGACGUGGUUCAGACGGCCAGUAAGGUGGACAUCGCCUCUCACGUGCGCGACGGAUACAUCAUGAUGUUCAUCUACCUGCCACUCACCUUCGGAGACAAGUUCACACCAUACGUAGGACCCAUCAUCCCAUGCAUACUCAAGGCUCUGGCUGAUGAGAAUGAGUAUGUGCGUGACACGGCGUUGCGUGCAGGUCAGCGUAUCAUCAGCAUGUACGCAGAGACGGCCAUCGCUCUCCUGCUGCCCGAACUGGAACAGGGACUCUUCGAUGACCUCUGGAGGAUCAGGUUCAGCUCGGUGCAGUUGCUAGGAGACCUUCUGUUCCACAUCUCCGGGGUAACGGGCAAGAUGACAACAGAGACGGCCUCUGAGGACGACAACUUUGGAACGGCACAGUCCAAUAAGGCUAUCAUCGGAGCGCUGGGUGCGGAGCGUCGUAACCGGGUGUUGUCGGGUCUCUAUAUGGGUCGCUCGGAUACGCAGCUGGUGGUGCGGCAGGCCUCGCUGCACGUCUGGAAGAUCGUGGUGUCCAACACGCCGCGCACGCUACGCGAAAUCCUGCCCACGCUCUUCUCACUACUGCUGGGAUUCCUGGCAUCCAACUGCCAUGACAAGAGAACGAUUGCGGCGCGUACUCUGGGUGACCUGGUGCGUAAGCUGGGCGAGAAGAUCCUUCCGGAAAUCAUCCCGAUCCUGGAGGAGGGGCUUAGGUCCGACAAGAGUGACGAGAGGCAGGGAGUCUGCAUCGGCCUAUCAGAAAUCAUGAAGUCAACCAGCAGAGAUGCCGUGCUGGUCUUUUCGGAGUCUCUGGUUCCUACGGUGCGUAAGGCGUUGUGUGACCCUCUAGAGGAAGUGAGAGAGGCUGCAGCCCAGACCUUCGAACAGCUGCACGCCACCAUUGGACACCAGGCGCUGGACGACAUCCUGCCAGCCCUACUCAAACAACUGGAGGACGAGGAGACGUCUGAGUUUGCGCUGGACGGCCUUCGCCAGGUGAUGGCAGUCAAGAGCCGAUCGGUACUGCCCUACCUGGUACCCAAGCUGACUGCUCCACCAGUGAAUACGCGUGUGUUGGCCUUCCUGUCCGCUGUGGCUGGAGAUGCUCUGACGCGCCACCUAGGGGUCAUCCUGCCCGCCCUCAUGUCAUCACUCAAGGACAAACUAGACACCGACGAGGCCCCACAGGAGUUGUCUAGUUGUCAGACGGUGAUCUUGUCUGUUGAGGAUGAGGUGGGUCAGCGCAUCAUCAUAGAUGACCUGUUGGAGGCCACCCGCGGGGCCGACGCAGGACUACGGCAAGCCGCAGUGACCAUGCUGAACGGAUACUUCACCCGCACGCGCCUCGACUACAGCGCUCACACACGCUCGCUCCUCUCCGGCCUCAUACACCUGCUCAACGACACACACCCUGAGGUGCUCAGCCAGAGCUGGGAUACCAUCAACUCCAUUACCAAGAAACUGGAUGCGUGUACGCAGUUGACCUUGAUUGACGACCUCCACAGAGACAUCCGCUCAGUAGCCGCAGAGGUCAAGGGGGAACACCUGCCAGGAUUCUGCCUACCCAAGAAGGGUGUGACCUGCAUCCUCCCCGUGUUGAGGGAGGGCAUUUUAAACGGAGGCCCUGAGGUGAAGGAGGAGGCGGCUAAGGCUCUGGGCGGAGUUAUAAAGCUGACAUCACCGGACGCACUCCGCCCCUCAGUGGUCCACAUCACCGGCCCUCUCAUCCGUAUCCUAGGAGACCGCUUUGCAGCAUCCGUCAAGACCGCCCUGCUGGAGACACUCACACUGCUGCUAGCAAAGGUGGGCAUAGCCCUGAAGCCAUUCCUCCCCCAGCUGCAGACCAUCUUCCUGAAGGCGCUGCAGGAUUCGAGUCGUGCGGUGCGGCUCCGGGCGGCCGAAGCGCUGGGCAGGCUGGUAUCCAUCCACAGCAAAGUAGACCCUCUCUUCACCGAGCAGCUCAACGCCAUCCGCAUCGCAGAGGACUCUGGAGUCAGGGAGACGAUGCUGCAGGCGUUGAGGUUUGUCAUCAAGGGUGCCGGCUCCAAGGUCGACCCCGCCAUCCGCAAGGGCAUCACCUCAACACUGCUCAGCAUGCUGGGACACGACGAGGAUGCUACGCGUAUGUCUUCUGCGGGGUGUGUGGGUGAGCUGUGUGCCUUCCUGCCAGAGGACGAACUGAAGAGCGUACUGACGCAACACGUACUGGCGGAUAUCUCUGGAGUUGACUGGAUGGUGCGUCAUGGCCGUAGUUUGGCUCUGUCCAUCGCUGUCAAGUCGGCACCCGAGUCCCUCGCCGCUGACGAGUACAAGAACACAGUACUGGACAUGGUGCUCACUAAUGCUACAGCAGACAGGAUCCCCAUAGCGUGCAGUGGGAUCAGGGGCAUGGGCUUCCUGAUGCGCCAUCAGCUCAACACAGACGGAGCUGAAGGAGUAUCACCGCGCAUCACAACACAGUUCGUCAAGUGUCUUCAGAACCAAUCGAGCGACAUCCGCCUGGUGUCUGAGCGCGUGCUGUGGUGGGUGUGGAAGGAGGCGGAGACUCCUGCGUUAGGGGCGGGGCAACUGAAGCCACUGCUCAAAGCCCUAUUGGACAACACCAAGGACAAGAACACCACCGUGCGAACGCAGAGCGAACUCACACUCACCAAUGUGCUGAGGCUACGACAAGAUGACACCGUCAUGCAGAGCAUGAGUGCGAUCCUGGACUCCGCUAGUAACGAUCUGUUGUCCGAGUGCCAUCGCCGCUCGCUAAAGAAGAUCUCCAGCCAACCAGAGAGCACAGAGGAGAUCGACGACACCAUCCUCACGUGAUGGACAGGCCAAACACCCAAUCACACGCCUCUUUGGAGCCUCACGGCCCAAUAGGAACUCUCCCAAGGAGCCAAUGACCUGCCCACCCACCUGUCCGCCUGCUCACCCGCCCUCCCAACUCAGUUCUGUUCAUCAGAGCCUUGUUCUGUUCAUCUUGUGCUGACACACACACACACACACACACACACACACACACACACACACACACACACACACACACACACCAUUGUUGGUCUGUGUGCUUGUGCUGAAGGUUUACCUUAGGGUCUGGGAGGACUUACUGUAAACACACACACACUCUCUCUCGCGCUCACACACACACACACACUCCUCUCUCGCUCUUCCUCAACUAGUCUCUGACCACCAAAGUGUGUGUGGUUGUGUGUGUGUGUGUGCGCGUGUGCGUUUACAUGUCGUCUGAGAACUGAUCCCAAAUGCAACAGAAUGUGAAUUUGCUCUACGAAAUCCCAUCUCAUACACACUGACACACACACACAAAUGGACAUAGUCUUCUGUUGGCAGUAAUGCCUGAAUUAAUUAAUUUCCUCGAAUGCCUAUAAGUUGUUUUACAGCGUUAGAGGGGGAGAGCAAUCAAUGCAAAUAAAAACCAAUGAAAUCAAAAUUAACUGUAAUGUGUGCCAAGAGGGCUGGUUGAAAUCUGGUACUUUUUAAUUCUUAGUGUUUGGACGCCACCGUUUGGCUCAUGGGCUCUCAUGAGCUCCGUUUGAGGUGUAAGGUUAUGGCUUUAGUUUAUUUUAUUUCCCCUUUUUCUUGUUUAUUAUUUUCUCGCGAGUGUGUGUGUUUGUGUUUUUGAAGGGGGUGGGCUGGGGAGAAGGGGGGUGGGGGGAUUUGGCGUAAGACCUUCUUGGUAAGAGUUAUUAUUAAGGAUUCCUCCAUUGUAGAGGAGAGAUGAGAACACCCCAAUAAAAUAAAAUAAAAUACACUUGCCUUAA